UGUGCAGCGAAAUGUCACGGAAAUGUAUACGCAACCGACAAAUACAGUUUUAAUUCAACAUUUCUUGUGCGAAAUUGUAGUUUUAGAAGCGAAUUUGUCCAUGUCAUGCUAAACUUCCCGCGGGUCUCUUUGUUGUAGUUACUCGCAAUCUUCCCUGCACUUCCGCGUCUGGUAAUAGAUGUAAAGCACAAAGAUUAUAAGAGUAUGGAAGAUAACAAGAAUUUCAAAGGUCCACUUAUAAUUGCUUUGCAAUAUAACGACAUAUUUGACCUGCAUUCAAUCUCAACCUCGACCAACACAGAUGCAGAGCCACUACCCAAAGGAAGAGCAUUCACUUUUAUAAAGGCUGUGCAAACAGUGAAUGAGAAACUUGUGAGCAAGAACAAGACAGAGUCUUUGCUUUUUGAAGUGAUCCUCUAUGCAAAGGAGUGUUCAGAACAAAUCAAAAUGAAGAUAGUUGAGAGCGUAAAGCAUUAUGGUCUAGAAAUAGGCAAAUUUUACUUUUGCAAAAAGGAAGAGCUCAUGAAUACUCUUCAGUUGCACAAAGUUAAGCUGUUCCUCUCUACUGACGGGGAUGACAUCUAUAGAGCUCUACAUACAGGAAUUCCUGCCGCUCUGCUGUACGAUCAAGCAGAUCAAAAUGCAAGUGAUCAAUUAAAGAUCAUUUUCUCAGGUGAUAUCAUUGGAUUCUCAGAGGAUUCACUUGAUAGUCUUUCACAUUUUGGAUUCAGUGAAACACAAAUACAGACUUUCAAAGCCGCAAAGACCUGCAUGAAAGAGUUUAUAGUUCUGAUGGGUGAGAUGAGGCGGAGGUUUGGCCAUGAAAACAGCCCUCUCUGCAUUUGUCUUAUAACAGCAUGGGGCUCUAGAAACGUCUGUGCCUUUGCCUUGAAAACUCUACGAGAAUUGGGUCUGGAUGUAGACGAGGUGUUUUGCAUGGCCGGAGCUCCAUGCGGUCCCAUACUGGCUGUAGUGAAACCCCAAAUAUUGUGGGACGGUGGACUUCACACUCUGAAAGACAUGUCCACCCAGUCUUGAGUGAUAGUCGUGCCA